CUAAAUAGGACGGUAGUAUAAAACACAGCUUAAACCCUAACUUAAACCCCGAACUCACAAGCAGGUCCCAGACAGAGCGCGCGAGGGGUAUGGAGAUUGACAGAGCUGAUGGCCGAACGGCGAACCAGCUCAGACAGCUGGCUUGCUCCCGUGGCGUCCUCAACCGCGCCCAUGGCUCCGCCAGUUGGUCCCAAGGAGAGACGCAAGUUCUGGCUGCAGUGUAUGGGCCCAAGGCGGGGACAAAAAAGAACGAAAACCCAGAAAAGGCGUGCAUCGAAGUCAUCUGGAAACCGAAAACAGGGCAGAUAGGGAAACAGGAAAAAGAGAAUGAGAUGAUAGUGAAGAGGACAGUGCAGAGCAUUUGCCUUUUGAAUGUUCAUCCAAAUACUACAACAUCAGUUAUAAUUCAGGUUGUCAAUGAUGAUGGAGCACUUCUUUCGUGCGCAAUUAAUGCAGCGUGUGCUGCUCUUGUAGAUGCAGGGAUUCCUUUGAAGCACCUAGCUGUUGCAAUUUGUUGCUGCUUGACAGAGAGUAAGAAUGUUCUACUUGAUCCUAACACAUCGGAAGAGAAGGAAAUGAAGGCAUCUGUAUAUCUAGUCUUCCCAAACUCCAGUCAUUCAAUUCUCCCCAAAGAAGAAUCGUCACAGAUGACGGGAGGUGGUGAACCGUUGGAAUGUGGGAUUAUAACAUCUGUAACGCAUGGCACAUUGAAAGUUGAGGAUUACCUUCGGUGUUUGAAACGAGGGCGGGCUGCCAGCUCCAAGUUAUCUGAUUAUUUGAGAAGAAGCUUCCAGCCAAACUGAACCUUCUAAAACCGGUCAGAGGCCGAGGGUGUCACCCAACCAAUGAUGGUGGCAAAUGCAAAUAAUGGUUUCAUUCAUCAUGUUAACCGCAAGGAUUGACAGUAGAAGAAGAUAAGACAGCGACCUUAACAGUAGUAUACACCCAUGAACUCUUUUAGAGCUGGAAUUUGUUGUAAUGUUUGAACCACUAAUAUGAUUUUUUUAUAUAAAUAUUUCUAGUUAAAUUACUCCAUCUAUCCCGGGUAAAAAUUUCCUUUUCGAUUUAAGAA